AUGAUGGUUCCGGAGGAUGGCUGGGACGAUGGUUCGGACGGAGGUUGGGACGACAGCUCGGAGGGAGGCUGGGACGAUGGUAUGGGAGGUUGGGAUGAUAGCAGCAGCGAUGGCAACAGCACAUGGGAGGGCGACUACGGGAGUGACGACUACGGGAGUAACGACUAUGGGAGUGGAGGUGACGAGUAUUUCGCUGAACCUUCCGAUGCAGAGGACUCGCUUUAUCCCAGUGGCGGCGACUAUUACACUGCUGACAGUGCCGACAGCACUGCCGCACUCAAGCCCAUGGUCCCUCGCACUGCUGCUACUCGCCGCCCGCCACGCGCCAUGGCACGUCCCACGCCUGUUCCUCCGAACCAAGGUACCCGAGCCAAGCCGGUCAAACGCCAAGCCGGGGCUCGAGGCUCGGGCUCUCAAGCCAAGCUGGUGAAGCGUCCGGGAAACUACCACGGCGGUUCGGCCCAUGCCACGCCUGGCCACCACAACGGCAAACCCCGUCCCUCUGCCCACGUGGCAGCAAACCAGCACGCUGAUGAUGCCACUCCUGUCGACCCCCCUGCUGAUGGCGUCCCGAUCCCCCCGGUCCUCCCACCCACCACACCUCCUCCCACAAACGCUCCUCCAAGCGCCCCUCCUCCUACCACCACACCUCCCACCACCCCUCCCCCCACUACCACUCCUCCUACCACCCCUCCCCCCUCCACCACUCCUCCAACCACCCCUCCCCCCACAACCACCCCUCCCCCCACAACCACCCCUCCCCCCACCACCACUCCUCCCACCACCCCUCCCCCCACAACCACCCCUCCCCCCACUACCACCCCUCCCACAAUCCCUCCUCCCACCACCACUCCUCCUCCCACCACCGCUCACCACCUGCGCUGCGGCGUGGCCCCAGGCUCACUCCUCAACGCACUCAACUGGGCGUGUGGGCCCGGCGGCGCCGACUGCUCCUCCAUCCAGCCGGGCGGGGCGUGCUUCCAGCCGGGCAACCUCGCCCUGCACGCGUCAGUGGCCUUCAACUCCAUCUUCCACUCCCACGCGCACCGCCCCGGCUCCUGCUUCUUCGGAGGCAAUGCCGUGGUGGUUCCACAUGUGCCCGACUACGCUGCCGGCCCGGCCGCCUGCACCUUCCCGUCGUCCAACGGCCAGUUCUGCGUUGCUGCCUGCCAGGAGAUCCCUGACCCCUACUCUCCCCCUCCGGGCCUCGUUCACCCCGUAUACCCCCAAUACUCCCCCGAGCCGGAUUACCCCCCCAGAGGUGUCGUGGCGCCGGGCGGAGGCGGUAGGGGUGGCUGCGCGGCAGACAUGGGGGCGGUGCAGAGGGCGCUGGACUGGGCGUGUGGGCCGGGCGGGGUGGACUGCUCUCCCAUACUGCCGGGAGGGGCGUGCUGGCAGGGAGAUGGUGCGCUGGUACAGCAUGCGUCUCACGCCUUCAAUGCAUACUUCUACCGUCACAACCACCAGCCUGGAACGUGCUUCUUUGGUGGUACUGCGGUGGUCGUCCCCCGCGUGCCUGACUAUGCUGCUGGCCCGCCCGCCUGCACCUGGCCCUCGGGUAACAGCCAGUACUGCGUCGUGGGGUGCUGA